AUGUCUUACUACUCAAAGAGGUCAAGAUACUCACCAUCACUCUCCCCUUACGACAAGCGUCGUGGAAGGUCUAUCUCAAGGUCCCUGUCUAGAAGCCGGUCGAGGAGUGUCUCAAGUGAUGCAGAGAAUCCUGGUAACAGUUUAUAUGUAACUGGAUUGUCUCACCGGGUAACCGAAAGAGAUCUGGAGGAUCAUUUCUCAAAACAAGGAAAGGUAACUGAUGUUCACCUUGUCCUUGAUCCAUGGACUAGAGAAUCUCGCGGAUUUGGUUUUAUCUCGAUGGAAACUGUUGGCGAUGCUAACCGCUGUAUCAGAUAUUUAGAUCACUCUGUUCUGCAGGGCCGGGUCAUUACAGUGGAGAAGGCAAGACGUCGUAGAGGACGUCCACCAACUCCGGGAAAGUACUUGGGGCUGAGAGCUGCUCGAGGUAUGACAUCAGUGGCAUUGGCCGCCAUAGGUCUCCUAGCUACUCUCCCCGCAGGUCUAUUAGCUGCUCUCGUAGUCGCAGUCGAAGCUACUCAUCCGAUCGAAGCAGAUCAUAUUCUCCAAGCUAUCGGAGGAGAAGAUCACCAUCCCACUCGCCUUAUUACAGGCGAGGCAGAUCGUACUCUCAUUCCAGAUCUCCAUCACCUGAUGAUCGUUACUACGGGAGGCGCGACAGAUCCUACUCACCUUACUAUAGGCGGCGUGACAGGUCCCGGUCAAGGUCCUACUCGCCUUACUACAGAGCACGGGACAGAUCAUACUCUCCUUACUACAGGCGACGAAACUGAAAAUACAAAUGAAAGCAGGUACAGGUCGGUAUCUAGAAGCGAGAGCCCUGUGAGUAGAAGCAAAUCACGGAGCAUAUCCCCUGAGAAGAGAAGGAAAGAGAGCAGAAGCAAGUCUCGGAGGCGCGAUAGUCAAUCUUCGAUGAGCCAUUCGAGGAGCGCAAGAUCAAGCACGUCCAGAUCCGUUAGCCCAUAA